CUCUCUCUCUCUCUCUCUUUCUUUCUUUCAUUCUCUUUUGGUCCACAGUAGAAGAAUGUGUGUGAUUUGGCUAAACAGCUGACCACUCACUUCGCAGUCACGCAGCCAACCUCCUUCUCUCUCCCUCCCUCUCCCCUUCUCUCUCUCUAAACCCUUUCUUUCACUCCUUGUUGCGUUCCCUGUUGUACUGUGGUUGUGAACCCUGUGAACUGUAAAUCCUGCGGUCAGUCAGUCGGUCGGUACAUUGGUCUGUUCAUCACGGGAGCCAUGGCAUCAGUAGAAGGUUCAGGGGAGAGGUGGAGGCUGGUGUUAUUGGCGGCUCUCCUCAUCUGUGGGUUAAUCCUGGAGUUUGGUAAGGGACUUUAUUUCCUCUCUGUGGAUAAUGUGCAUUCCUGAACAUACAUUAGACUAGUGAGGUGCAGGAGAUUAGUACAUGUUCGCAUUACUCUGACUUACUGUGAACUUUGAUGGCAUUUCUUGAGUCAGUUACAUUUAAUUUGGUUUCACCUCAUGCUGUCUGUCUGUAUAGUAAAUUCCUUGCAGGAUCUUCCUGUUAUUGCCCUAGUAUGGUUACCAAUAGCAUGCUACAAUGUUUUAAUCUAACAUCAAAUCAACAUUAGACUCUUCAUGCUUUUAUUUGUUGCAUUGACCUGCGCUUGUGACUAUGGUUAUGUGUAUUUCAAAGAAUAAAAAUGCAAUAUUGGAUACUUGCUCUGCAGGACAGUGCCAGCAGGAUGAUGGACGGACCACCCCACCAGGCCGUAAGCCCAACCCCAGUAAGGGUAAGCCAGUGAGGGGAGCAGGUAAAGCCACACCCAAACCCAGGGUUAAAGCAACACCGGCUCCCCCAGCAGCGGCCAACCAGGGACCUGUUCACCUGACACGGGUAGGUUUGAAUACAUUUCAAAUUAUUCACAUGAGAGAACGCUUUGUUUUUUUUCAUUUUCAUAAUCUUGAGGCUGCCAUGACAGAUUGGCAUCUUCAUCAAAUCUCUACAUAUACAUAGUGUACAUUGAAAGGUAAACAUUAUGUACACAAAUCAAAAAGCACUUGCAUGUUUGAGAUAUUUGACACAAUCAACGGAUGUUGGUGGAGCAAUGUCUACUAACGGGUGCAAAUUACAAACAUUCAACAAAAGCUCUGACGAAGGUCGACACGUAAGCUUGAAUAAAAAUGAGUGAUACUAGCAAAAAGCAGUGUGAGGGCAUCUCUUUUGUUUAAACAUAACGAACACUAAAGGUAAACUGCCAUGCAUGUUUCUCCUCCCCUGGUUUAUACCGUAGGUGGUGAAGAAGGGGAAGUUCCAGCGUGUGGAGGACAGUCUGAGCGUCCGGGCCGGUGACACCCUGGAGCUGAGGUGUAAAGGGAACCCUGUUGCCUGGGGCGUUCCUGCUUACCUGGAGGAGGACGACGAGGGGAGACUCAAGUGAGACUCCGGUCUUGACGAUGUGAUGGGACAGGGUGCCAUGGAAACAGGCCUCCUGUAUAAAACUUAAAUAAUAACAUCUUGCCAGGAUGUCCAGUCCAAUAUUAGUUGCUGAGUCAUUUCACAUUGGUUUUGUGUGUGAGGGACUCAUUUCUCUGUUUGUGUAGAGAUGCUGUAUGUAGGCCUGUGUGGCUCCGGUGUGAGGGACACUUGUUUCUUUGUGUUUGUAUAGGACUGUGCAGCAUGACCGGUACGGCACCCUGACCCUGUCCAACUCUACAGGAGCAGACACUGGAGAAUACACCUGCUUCCCCAUGUACUGUGAAGACCGGGACUGCAGGAAGGAGUACGACAAGGCUGUCAAAGUCUUUGUCUUCUUCCCUGGUACUAAGUCCCCACCUCCUGACAAAAAAUCAAAUGAAGUUGUAUUGGUCACAUACACAUAUUUAGCACAUGUUAUUGGGGGUGUAUGGCAAAAUGCAUGGUAACAACAUAGGAGUUGUUACCAUGUCUGCGUCCGAAAUGGCACCCUAUUCCCUAUGUAGUGCACUACUUUUGACCAGGGCCAAUAGGCCCAUUCUUUGACCGAAGAAGUGCACUACAUUGGGGUUGGGAAUAGGAUGAACUCUGAGACACAAGCCUGUGUAAUCACCUGCAGUUUCUAGGUCCCAAAUGGCACCCUAUUCCCUAUGUAGUGCACUACUUUUAGCCAGGGUCCAUAGGGCCCCCAUAGGGUUCUGUUCAAAAGUAGUGCACUACAUAGGGAAAGGGUGCCAUUUGGGCCGCACAGUAUAACAGUUGUCUGCCCCCCACCCCCUCCCAGACCCCCAGGAGCUGUUCGUCCCCUCCUCCUCCUACUAUGAGGUCAUCCAGCUGAGGACCAAUUGGCCAACAGUCCUCCCCUGUCAGGUGACAUCACCUGAUGCCAAGGUGAGUUCAGAACAGAUCUGUUGGGAUUAGAUUAGAUAAUACAGAAUUACCUCUUUGAAAAUACAUUUUUUGCUUUGAAAAACUUUACUUAACAGCUAUAGAGGUAUAUAAUGCAUUGGGACACAGUUAUAGUGCAUUAUAAGACUUGCCAUAAGCACAUUUGACCAUGCGCUUAUCAUCUUUUACUAUUAUCUCAUAAUGUCCUACAAUUUAUGUGGGGGGAAAUACACAAAAUCCUGUAGCCGUACUACACCACUUUGUCUAUACGCGAGGUGAGGUCCUCAGGACUAAGCUAAACAUAACAGGUUCUUUACAUCAAGGGAAUCAGACAAUAAUAUCACUAUUAACUAUUCAUUUUCAUUUUCAGCGUCACAAAAAAAGGCCCAAUCUCCAUAGGCCUACAUCUCCAGCUCCAGGAGCUCUGAACAACUGUCCUACAAGACAGACUUCAACAGAUAGAAAUAUCAGAUUUAUCAAAAAAAAGCAAAAAUCACUAGGUUUAUGCGUUUUAUUCACACACUCAAACGGACAUUUAAUAACGUGUUGCAACACUCACGGAGGGCGUGCCCAGGGAGAAGGAGAGCAGGUCUAGGUGAAAUAUGGGCGCCAACGCCUUAAACCACAACAUUUACAAUCAUUCCUUUGUUUAAAAAAAACACCAUCACCAAUCCCGUUCUCCCAAGGCACGCCAACCAGUACAUAGCAAGGGGAUGCCCUGAAUGACUCCAUGGAGAAUAAGAGCACUUCCUCCCAGCUGCCCACUGCACUGAGGCUAGGAAACACUAUCACCACCGAUAAAUCUACAAUAAUCGAGAAUUUCAACAAGCAUUUUGCUACGGCUGGCCAUGCUUUCCACCUGGCUACCACUACCCCGGCCACCAACUCUGCACCCUCCGCUGCAACUUGCCCAUGCCCCCCCUGCUUCUCCUUCACACAAAUUCAGACAGCUGAUGUUCUGAAAGAGCUGCAAAAUCUGGACCCCUACAAAUCAGCUGGGCUAGACAAUCUGGACCCUUUCUUUCUAAAACUAGCCGCCGAAAUUGUCGCAACCCCUAUUACUAGUCUGUUCAACCUCUCUUUCGUAACGUCUGAGAUCCCCAGAGAUUGGAAAGCUGCCACGGUCAUCCCCCUCUUCAAAGGGGGUGACACUCUAGAUCCAAACUGCUACAGACGUAUAUCCAUCCUGCCCUGCCUUUCGAAAGUAUUUGAAAGCCAAGUUAACAAACAGAUCACCGACCAUUUCGAAUACCACCGUACCUUCUCCGCUAUGCAAUCCGGUUUCCGAACUGGUCAUGGGUGCACUUCAGCCACGCUCAAGGUCCUAAACGAUAUUAUAACCGUGAUUGAUAAUAGACAGUGCUGUGCAGCCGUCUUCAUCGACCUGGCCAAGGCUUUCGACUCUGUCAACCACCGCAUUCUUAUUGGCAGACUAAAUAGCCUUGGUUUCUCAAAUGACUGCCUCGCCUGGUUCACCAACUACUUCUCAGAUAGAGUUCAGUGUGUCAAAUCGGAGGGCCUGUUGUCUGGACCUAUGGCAGUCUCUAUGGGGGUGCCACAGGGUUCAAUUCUUGGGCCGACACUUUUCUCCGUGUAUAUCAAUGAUGUCGCUCUUGCUGCUGGUGACUCUCAGAUCCACCUCUACGCAGACGACACCAUUUUGUAUACAUCUGGCCCUUCAUUGGACACUGUGUUAACAAACCUCCAAACGAGCUUCAAUGCCAUACAACACUCCUUCAGUAGCCUCCAACUGCUCUUAAACUCUAGUAAAACUAAAUGCAUGCUUUUCAAUCGAACGCUGCUGGCACCCGCCCACCCGACUAGAAUCACCACUCUCGACGGGUCUGACCUAGAGUAUGUGGACAACUACAAAUACCUAGGUGUCUGGUUAGACUGUAAACUCUCCUUCCAGACUCACAUUAAGAAUCUCCAAUCCAAAGUUAAAUCUAGAAUCGGCUUCCUAUUUCGCAACAAAGCCUCCUUCACUCAUGCUGCCAAACAUGCCCUCGUAAAACUGACUAUCCUACCGAUUCUUGACUUCGGCGAUGUCAUUUACAAAAUAGCCUCCAACACUCUACUCAGCAAAUUGGAUGUAGUCUAUCACAGUGCCAUCCGUUUUAUCUCCAAAGCCCCAUACACUACCCACCACUGUGACCUGUACGCUCUUGUUGGCUGGUCCUCACUACAUGUUCGUCGUCAAACCCACUGGCUCCAGGCCAUCUAUAAAUCACUGCUAGGCAAAUCCCCGCCUUAUCUUAGCUCAUUGGUCACCAUAGCAGCACCCACCCGUAGUCUGCGCUCCAGCAGGUAUAUCUCACUGGUCAUUCCCAAAGCCAACACCUCCUUUGGCCGCCAUUCCUUCCAGUUCUCUGCUGCCAAUGACUGGAACGAAUUGCAAAAAUCUCUGAAGCUGGAGACUCUUAUCUCCCUCACUAACUUUAAGCAUCAGUUGUCAGAGCACCUUACCGAUCACUGCACCUGUACACAGCCCAUCUGAAAUUAGCCGACCCAACUACCUCAUCCCUAUAUUGUUAUUUAUUUUGCUCCUUUGCACCCCAGUAUCUCUAUUUGCACAUAAUCUCUUGCACAUCUAUCAUUCCAGUGUUAAUACUAAUUGUAAUUAAUUUGCACUAUAGCCUAUUUAUUGCCUAACCUCCAUAACUUGCUACAUUUGCACACACUGUAUAUAUAUUUUCUGUUGUAUUUUUGACUUUAUGUUUUUUUUUACCCCAUAUGUAACUCUGUGUUGUUGUUUUUAUCGCACUGCUUUGCUUUAUCUUGGCCAGGUCGCAGUUGUAAAUGAGAACUUGUUCUCAACUGGCUUACCUGGUUAAAUAAAGGUGAAAUAAAAAAUAAAUAAAUAAAAUGACACAAACAGGAAGGCUUUUAUACAAAAGGCCGCACCCGUAGCUCUUUCCUGCAGUCGAAUGACCUAGAGGCCUCAUGGGUGGAAUGGUAUUAAUAUUGUUAAUUAAUAAUUAAUCAACAUUAUAAAAAAAAAUAAAAAAAACGGAAAAUCCAGUGUUUCUAUGUCAAAACGGUUUUGUUAUAUUUCAGUCUUCUGUGAUGUAUAUAAGGUGUAAUAUUGGAUGCACACUCAAAACUGAAUGCAUUUCAACUCCUAUAUCUAACAUGGUACAGGCAUCUUCUUCUUUUUAAGCCCAUAACCAUGUGUGUGAUGGCUAUACCUUUUUUUUUCAAAGUAGAUUUGUGUAUUUUUAAUUCACAAUCUGUAGAAGCAAUGAGAAUAGAAAGGUUCAGAACUUUUGUAAAACAUCACAGUACGGUUGAAAUAUAUAUGGCAAAUAGAAAUCCUAUAUGGAUGGUGUCAAGAGAUAGAUGGGAGGUAUUGCAUAGAGUUGAAGGAUGGGACUAAUAACAAAUAACAACAAAUAAUAACAAAGAUAGCUAAUAAUGUAAGCAUACUGUGUCCAUAAUAAGUAUAUAGGUUGUAUGUUGGGAGCUUUUGGGAAAGAGCACAGUUAGAAUGUGGUCCUCUGUAGCUCAGCUGGUAGAGCACGGCGCUUGUAACGCCAAGGUAGUGGGUUCGAUCCCCGGGACCACCCAUACACAAAAAAACAAAACAAAAAUGUAUGCACGCAUGACUGUAAGUCGCUUUGGAUAAAAGCGUCUGCUAAAUGGCAUAUUAUUAUUAUUAUUAAGAAAGAUAUGGCAUAUAGAAGCAAACCGGAUGGACAUCAUGAAAAUGAUCGGAGAGGUUGAGAGUAGAAGAAGUUCAUGAGCAAAAAAAAAAAAAAUAUAUAUAUAUAUAUAUAUAAUAUAAUUAUUGUAAAAUUAACUGUGUCCAUAAGGUGUAGAUAGUAAGUAUAGACCGGAAGUAGAGGCCUGGGCAUUGUUGUUCACUAAUUUACCCCAAGUAGGGAAAGGAUGGCGGGGUUGAAAAGUAAUAAAGGGGAGUAUAUAUAUAGAAAACAUGGGGGAUUGGAAGUGAUGCAGACAAUUACAUUGAUAGAAGAUACAAUAUAUCUGCAAUAUUAAGCUGAUCCACCCCCCCCCCCCAAAAAAAUAAAAAAAUAAAGUUUAUUUUUUUAAGACUACCAAGAAACACUCUGUGUGACCCUGAUUUAGCCCACUGCAGUAAAAGGUUAAUUAACAAUCAACAUACACCUGGCAUAGGCAGAUCAACAAGGGUCCGUUCAAAAUAGGUUGAAGGUUCUACCCCGUUAUACUUACGGUGUCCAUAUUAGGACAGCCUCAAAUCCUUGUGACCCUGAGACUGUCCUAAUAUGGACACCGUACCAAACAACUAUAGUCAAGAAUAUGUUGUCCACUCACUAUAAAGUAAUUAACUCACCUGGUCAUCCGUAGGUGUCUCUGCACCGGGAGUUUCCCCCAGUAGAGGUGGCGGUGGACGGGGCAGAGAUCACAUUUAACGUUAAACAGGGAUUCACAAUCCACCGGCCCAAGCUACACCAUGCCGGGGAGCUGUACUGUGUCGCCAGCCUUGGAAACCUCAGACAGAGCUCCGUCAAGUACAUGCUCAUAUACGUCAACUGUAAGUCCAUGGUUUUGUCUCAUAUUUUUUUUUUACCUUAAACAACAGCUAGCCUCUUCCCCAGGGGUGGCCAACUCAUAGAAUUAGAAUGAUUAGACAUUCCUUGUCAAGUCAACGUUCCUUGAUGGUUUGACUGGCAGACAUAUUGACUGUCAUAUCUGUGUUGUCCCCUUGCUGUCAGACCCGGUGGCGCCCCCAGCCCCAGUGAUCCAGGCGUCCUCCAGCUCUGUGGCCAUUGGUCAGAACCUACAGGUCACCUGUACUGUGAUUGGAGAACAGGACGUGGUCAUAGACUUCACCUGGGAGUACCCUGGGCAACAGGUAUGUAAUUGUGCUAAAUAGGUCUGCCAUGCUUGAGGUCAAUCAUUUAUCAUAUCAAUGAGUAGGAUUACAGGACACGUGCAAUACUCUACCUCCUGUUUUAUGAUGAGACAAACCUCUUGGCAGAAGCUAUACACUAUAUACAGUAGAGAGAGGCUAUAUACAGUACAGAGAGGCUAUAUACAGUAGAGAGAGGCUAUAUACAGUAGAGAGAGGCUAUACAGUAGAGAGAGGCUAUAUACAGUAGAGAGAGGCUAUAUACAGUAGAGAGAGGCUAUAUACAGUAGAGAGGGCUAUACAGUACAGAGGGCUAUAUACAUAGAGAGAGCUAUACAGUACAGAGAGCUAUACCAGUAGAGAGGCUAUAAUACGUUGGAGAGAGGCUAUAUACGUACAGAGGCUAUAUACAGUACAGAGAGCUAUAUACAGUAGAGAGAGGCUAUAUACAGUAGAGAGAGGCUAUAUACAGUGAGAGUAUAAGAGAGGCUAUAUACAGUAGAGAGAGGCUCAUAGACUAUAGUAGAGAGGCUAUAUACAGUAGAGAGAGGCUAUAUACAGUAGAGAGAGGCUAUAUACAGUAGAGAGAGGCUAUAUACAGUAGAGAGAGGCUAUAUACAGUAGAGAGAGGCUAUACAGUAGAGAGAGGCUAUAUACAGUAGAGAGAGGCUAUACAGUAGAGAGAGGCUAUAUACAGUAGAGAGAGGCUAUAUACAGUAGAGAGAGGCUAUAUACAGUAGAGAGAGGCUAUAUACAGUAGAGAGAGGCUAUAUACAGUAGAGAGAGGCUAUAUACAGUAGAGAGAGGCUAUAUACAGUACAGAGAGGCUAUAUACAGUACAGAGAGGCUAUAUACAGUACAGAGAGGCUAUAUACAGUACAGAGAGGCUAUACACAGUACAGAGAGGCUAUACAGUAGAGAGAGGCUAUACACAGUACAGAGAGGCUAUAUACAGUACAGAGAGGCUAUACACAGUACAGAGAGGCUAUAUACAGUAGAGAGAGGCUAUACACAGUACAGAGAGGCUAUACACAGUACAGAGAGGCUAUACAGUAGAGAGAGGCUAUAUACAGUAGAGAGAGGCUAUAUACAGUACAGAGAGGCUAUAUACAGUACAUAGAGGCUAUAUACAGUAGAGAGAGGCUACAAUUGUAACCUGCUUGUUUAUUUGUGCUGUGGUUUUGUGAUCGGCAGAUCGGCAGGCCUCUGUACACCCAGGACAGUGUUCAUCCGGAGGGAGGGGGUCUGGGGAGGCAGCAGUCCCAGACCGUCCUCCUGGUGGAUGGGGUGAGGGACGUGGACGGAGGAACUUACACCUGCACCGCCCAGAACCUGCAAGGCUCCAGAACCACCUCCACCACCGUCAAGGUGCUAGCUGCGGCUGCGGCUGCUGCUAAGGACAAAGCCCAAGACAAGCCCAAGCCCAAGAAACCCUGAGAUUCAAUUGACUUCAGAUCAGAGAUAGGCGAGGGAUGGGAUGGAAUAGCCACCAAAGGAGAAGGAAGUAGCUUACCAGGAUGGAACUGGAACUUUGGUUCUAAUUCCAUGGGUGUUUUUAAACGACCAUUCUACUCCUGACAUCACUAUAGUAUACUGCUGUAUAACUAUAGGGCUCAAUAAGUCAGCUCUCAUGUAUAUUCAACAGCCAGGAGUAGUUACCACACACAGAGCAUACAGGGUUUACACAGGGCGGAGGGGAAGAGAAAGAUGGCCGGAAGAAUACAAAUUGGG